UUGCCAGGGAGUGAUGAUGUCACGAGCAACUGGGCAGACUGGAAGCUGAGGCAGAGUGUGUGGAUGAAGGUGCCUACUCUCACUGAGAUUGAACAGAAGCACACAGAAACCCUGGGCUGGCUGCAGGAGACACCACCCUCUCAGGUUAUGCCAUCCUCAAUGGUUGCGGAGAGGACGAUAGUGAAAGAGAAGGGCUGAUUUGGCCAGUGCUCUGAACUUGUGUGCCACCACAGUGGACAUGGCAGCUGGUGGGGCAAGGGAACCAGAUGCCCCCACAUGUUUACACCUGGUUGAAGAUGAGACCGAGAAGCCAAAUGUGGAAGAGGAAGAGGAGGAAGAGCUGGACAAAUUGCUGGGCAUUGAGCGACUAAGUGACCUGAUCAGUGAUCGCCCUGCACGGGAACCUGAGCGAACCUAUAAUGAAAAGGACUUUGAAUAUCAUCGACACACAUCACACCACAUUCACCAUCCGCUCUCCACUCGCCUACCACACCACACACGCCUCAGGAGGAAGCUCCCUCGCCCAGAACGCAGCAAGAAGAAGAGGAGAAAAAAGAAAAAGACUUCAGUUCCUCCUUCAGAGGGCACGCCCACCAUCCAGGAAGUGGAUGAGGAGGAGGAAGAGCCUUCGGAGGGGGAAACCCAGGACAGGGAUCUGUCGGGAAGCGAAGAGAUGCAUGACCCACCAAAGGCUGAUACAUUGGACAGCAGCUACUUGGGAACCCGCCUCAGAUCAACGGAAUCAACCGAGUCCCUGAUGACUCAGCAACAGACUCGAGACUGUGACCAGCAGCAGCCAUGGCAAUGCCACACAGGACUGACAGGGAGCUUUCUGAAACCUCUACAGGAUUGCCUCGAGUCCUCCCUGAGGAGUCCUGACAGACAGAAGGACCAUCCCCGGAUUGCGAGUGGCCCGAGAGCAUGCUACGAUCUGCGGGAACGGAUUUGCAAUGGCAGUAUGACUGCGCUUGGAGUCACAGUGUACCAGAAAGUGCCGACCGAUGAUGCAGAAGCACAAAUGCUCGCUAGCGCUGACCUGGACUACAUGAAAAGCCACCGAUUUGAAGACAAUCCAGGGGUACGUCGGCAUCUGGUGAAGAAACCAUCAAAAAGUCAAAUGAGUAAAGUCAGCAUUAAAAUCCCGCAGGCCGGAAUGAAGAAAUUCCGCCCAGACAGAAAACCCCACGAGGUUUUCGUCGAGCUGAAUGAGCUCGUGCUGGGGAAGAACAAUGAGAUGAUGUGGCAGGAGACUGCUCGGUGGAUCAAGUUUGAGGAAGACGUGGAAUCAGAGACGGACAAGUGGGGAAAACCGCAUGUGGCCUCUCUCACAUUCCGCAGCCUCCUGGAACUGAGGAAGACCAUUGCGCAAGGAGCUGUGCUGCUGGACCUGGAGCAGAAAACCUUGCCUGGAAUUGCCCAGCUGGUGGUGGAAACCAUGGUGAUUACAGAUCAGAUCAAACCAGAAGACAGGGCCAAUGUACUGAGAGCACUCCUUGUCAAACACAGCCACCCUAAUGAUGAGAAAGAAGGGAUCUUUUUCCCUCGGAAUGUCUCCGGCUCCACCAAAGCAGCCAACCUGGGUGCCCACCAUGAACACAAGGUGACAAAAGAUUCCUCCACCACUGUGCCCCUGAUGGGGGAUGAACACAUCGAGGUGCAAGACCCCAAGAAGAUGGAUUCGUGCCCUCAGAGACAUUUCAGAUCUCCAAGCAACCGACACAGUGAAAGGCACAAGAGGAAAUCUGAACAGAGGCUCUUGGAGCAAAUUCCGGAAAAUGCAGAGGCAACCGUAGUCCUCAUUGGGACUCUUGCCUUUCUCGAACAGCCCACCAUGGCCUUUGUGCGCCUCAGUGAAGCAGUGUUCCUUGAAUCAGUUUUGGAAGUCUCAGUGCCUGUACGGUUCAUCUUUAUCCUCCUGGGUCCAAUGCAGUGCAACAUGGAUUACCAUGAGAUUGGGCGCAGUAUCUCCACCCUGAUGUCGGACAAGGAUUUCCAUGAGGCAGCAUACCAGGCUGACGAUCGCCAGGACCUCUUAAAUGCCAUCAACGAGUUCCUGGACAGCAGCAUUGUCAUCCCACCACUGGAACUGGAAGGUAAAGAUCUCCUGAGAUCCGUCGCUGCCUUUCAGAAGGAGAUGCUGAGAAAGAGGAAACUGAGAGAGCAGAGAAAGUCACUGAGGAGGGAGGAAUCCAUUCUCUUCGAGACCAAAGAUAUGUGUGGGGAAGUGAGGGAGGAAAGUGACGAUGAUCCACUGAAGAGAACGCGGAUUCCGUUUGGGGGCUUGUUCCGGGAUAUCAAGCGGAGAUAUCCGAAAUACAUGACUGACCUUCGAGAUGCAAUGGACUGUCAGUGUCUGGCUGCAAUCAUCUUCAUUUACUUUGCAUCCCUAUCUCCUGCUAUCACCUUUGGAGGAUUGCUCGGUGCGAAGACCGAGGGGUUAAUUGGGGUUCCGGAGUUAAUUGUCUCCACAUCGGCGACAGGAGUGGUCUUCUCGCUGCUGGGAGCCCAGCCCCUCCUGGUGAUUGGGUUCACAGGCCCCCUGCUCGUGUUUGAAGAGGCAUUCUUCAAGUUCAGCAAGACCCAGAAUGUGGACUACCUCACAGGUCGCGUGUGGAUUGGCUUCUGGCUCAUGGCCAUUGUGAUCAUCACAGUGGCCUUUGAGGGCAGCUUCCUGGUGCGCUACAUCUCACCUUUCACCCAGGAGAUCUUUGCCUUUCUCAUCUCCAUCAUCUUCAUCUACGAAACCUUCCACAAUCUUUAUGAGGUCUUUGAGGAGAACCCUCUCCUGAAGACAUAUCCACCCAUCCCUCAGGUCAAGACCAAUCUUAGUCACCAGUUAAUACAAAGUGACCAGCAGAUGCAACCCAACACUGCCCUGCUCUCCCUUGUCAUGAUGGUUGGCACAUUCUUCAUUGCGUAUUUCAUGAGAAAAUUCCGGAAUAGCCGAUUCCUCGGAGGGAAAGCCCGGCGUAUCAUCGGAGACUUUGGGAUUCCCAUUGCAAUCCUGGUGAUGGUCCUUGUGGAUAUCUCUAUCACAGACACAUACACUGAGAAACUCAACGUGCCCCUGGAAUUUUCCGUCACAUCUCCAGAGAAGAGAGGCUGGUUCAUCCAUCCAAUGGGGAAGGAUCAAAACUUCCCAACGUGGAUGAUCUUUGGCUCAGCGAUUCCGGCCUUGCUGCUGUUCAUCCUGAUCUUCAUGGAGACAAACAUCACAACUCUCAUCGUCAGUAAGAAGGAGCGGCGGCUGGUCAAAGGCUCUGGAUUCCACCUGGACCUGCUGCUAAUCGGCUUCGCCGGUGGCUUUUGUGGCAUCUUCGGGCUCCCGUGGCAGACCGGUGCUACCGUACGGACAAUCGCCCAUGUCAAUGCCCUUACGAUGAUGAGCAAGAGUACAGCUCCUGGAGAGACCCCCAGGAUCAAGGAGGUGAAGGAGCAACGUAUCACCGGCAUCACGGUGGCAUUGCUUGUCGGUCUCUCUGUGGCCAUGAGUAAGAUUCUCCAGUUGAUUCCAAUGUCUGUUUUGUUUGGAAUCUUUCUGUACAUGGGUGUGACAUCACUAUCAGGAAUCCAGAUGUCCGAACGUCUGCUGCUGCUGUUUAUCCCUUCGAAACACCACCCGGAUCAUGUCUACGUAACAAAAGUCAAAACGUGGAGGAUGAACCUGUUCACAAUGAUCCAGUUGAUCUGUGUCGUGAUUCUUUGGGUAAUCAAGUCCACCAUCAUCUCCUUGGCAUUCCCAUUUUUCCUGAUCCUGACCGUGCCGACGCGGCGAUACCUGCUGCCAAAGGUUUUCAAGGAGCGGGAACUGAUGAUGCUGGAUUCUGACGAGACACAUCCCAACCUCGAUGAGGAUGGGCAUGAUGAGUACAGUGAGCUGCACAUGCCCCUGUGACACAGGGCAGAGGAAGGGACCUGCCCCUCUCCCUUGCCCCCACGUCUCCCCCCUCUGCCCACUCCCCUUUCCUCCCCCUCUCCCUGUUGCCAGCUUUCUCCUCCUCCUCCACCCCUACACCUCUUCUCUUAGCCCCCCCCUCCACCUCUCUCCCUCACUGCUGCCCCUCUCUCCCUCCUCUUACACCCCUCCGUCAUGCUGUAGACCCUGUUCUGACUCUGCCGCUACCGUCCAUCAACCCCCCCACCCCACCCACAAGCCCCCACUCUGCCCCUCUGUUCCUCCUUCUC